UCCUCUGUAAGUAUAUGGGAAUCGUUCACCCUGUGUGUGUGUGUGUUUAUACAGUGAAUAACUUUGUCAGUGAAUGUUACGGUGAAGUUUUGUGCUUGUGAAGAACAGUGCUGGGAGGUCCCACACCUGCUGCCAAAGGUUCAUAAGGGAAACGAGUAAAUUUAUGAAUGAAGAGCUGAGUGUUCCUCAUAGUUGUCUGGUCCUAGUCACCAGCUGUGGUUGUGUGGUGGUUGAAGAUGGGGGCCAAGAACACCACAUCAAGCUCUGCGAAGAGACAAAACAAGACUGGGAGAAAUGAACUAUCGCCACAGGUGCACAAGUUUGUUGAGAGUCGUGCAACAUAUGCCAGUAACAGUGCUUCUGUGAAUGUCCACGAGGCUGUGGGUUUAUGCACGGCACCUGAAAUUUUGCUGGUUACUUCGCAACAGAGUAUUCCUGAAAUUCAGCCGUUGGGCAAUAAGGCUAUCAUUCCGGAACAGACAGUUGCUGGAUAUAUUGAAAAGGAUGAGAGAAUGAAUAUUAAACAACAAACCGCUGCUGAAUAUUUAGGAAAGAAUAAUGGAAGCACUAUUCCACAACAGACUGUUGCUGGAUAUGUGAAUAGUGAUAAUACAACUAAUACUUCACGACAGACCAUCUCUUCAUACGUGGAAAUUGAUGACAAAGCCACCACUCCACAACAGACUUCUACUGUAUGUGUGGAAAAGGGUGAUGCAGCUACUAUUCUAUUACAGAACAUCUCAGAAUAUGUGGAAGAGGAUGUUACAUCCACUUUUUCGAGCCAGGGAGGUGCUGGAUAUAUCCCAGGGGAUGCUGGAAAUGCAAUUUCAAGACAAACCAGAACUAAAUAUGCAGACUGUGAUAAUACAGUCACCAGUUUGCAACAAAGUGCUACUGAAGCUGAAAGUAUUAUUUCCAAAACUGCUGUUGUUAAAAAGGAAGUGAUUGACAAAUCAAAGACUGAUCAGGUUAGUUCUGGUCAACAACAAAGAGACGAUGUCAGUCUUAAGUUAGAUGCAGCUAUUCUUCAGAAUUUCAAUCAUCUAUUUAAGUCAACAGUUACUGAGAAUAUGAACUGGGAGACCAAAACUCACAUAAGCAUUGCUGAAAAUGAAGUCCUUGAAACUGAAAGAGGAAUAGAAGAUAGGGACAUUAAAAUAAAAAGUAAACCAGAAAUUGAUGUUUCAAAACCUGAAAAUAAAAAUAAGAACUGUUACUCUGAUCUGCAGCCAUUUAUACAAGAGACCGAGAACGGUACAGGUUGUGCAGAAGAUGAAAGGAGAGCACCAAAAAAUGAAAAACCAUCAAAUCAUAUUUCAGAAAAGAUCCUUCAGAGUACUUUAAAGGAAAGAUCCAUGCAAAAUCUAGGAAAGACCACUCAGUAUGUUAAGAAAACCCCAAAAAAUGAACUUGUGGAUAAUAAAAAUAUAAUUCUUGCAAAAGCUGAUGCCACAGAAAUAAUAAUAACAGAGGAAGAAGUUGGCAUAAAUACUGCUGAAGGACCAAAGGAUGAUGAAAGUGUCAAGAUGAAUGAAGACAAAGACGUCUUAAAACUUGAUCAAGCUACAGUGUACUUGGAGAAAAAUAUGAUGGAGAAACAAUGAUUUUUAAUAACAGAGAAUAUUGCAUUGGUUCUUCUUUUAAAAGACAGUCAGAUUUUGAUUCCUUCCAUAAGGCAAAAUUUUCUAGAGAAAGUCUUGCAACCAGAUUUUCAAUAGAUGAAGGGCUAUGUAAGGAUGAAAAGUCGCAGACUCAGAGUCUGUUAAGGGAUGAAAGACCACAGAAUCCAAACCUGCGUAGGAAUGAAAGACCACAGAAUCCAAACCUGCGUAGGAAUGAAAGACCACAGAAUCUAAACCUGUUAAGGGAUGAAAGACCACAGAAUCCAAACCUGUGUAGGAAUGAAAGACCACAGAAUCGAAACCUGUGUAGGAAUGAAAGACCACAGAAUCCAAACCUGUUUAGGGAUGAUAGACCACAGAAUCCAAACAUGUUUAGGGAUGAUAGACCACAGAAUCCAAACAUGUUUAGGGAUGAUAGACCACAGAAUCCAAACAUGUUUAGGGAUGAUAGACCACAGAACCCAAACAUGUUUAGGAAUGAUAGACCACAGAAUCCAAACAUGUUUAGGGAUGAUAGACCACAGAAUCCAAACAUGUUUAGGGAUGAUAGACCACAGAAUCCAAACAUGUUUAGGGAUGAUAGACCACAGAAUCCAAACAUGUUUAGGGAUGAUAGACCACAGAAUCCAAACCUGUGUAGGAAUGAAAGACUACAGAAUCGAAACCUAUGUAGGAAUGAAAGACCACAGAAUCCAAACCUGUUAAGGGAUCAAAGACCACAGAAUCCAAACCUGUUAAGGGAUCAAAGACCACAGAAUCCAAACCUGUUAAGGGAUCAAAGACCACAGAAUCCAAACCUGUUAAGGGAUGAAGGACCACAGAAUCCAAACAUGCUUAGGGAUGAAAGACCACAGAAUCCAAACAUGUUUAGGGAUGAAAGACCACAGAAUCCAAACAUGUUUAGGGAUGAAAGACCACAGAAUCCAAACAUGUUUAGGGAUGAUAGACCACAGAAUCCAAACAUGUUUAGGGAUGAUAGACCACAGAAUCCAAACAUGUUUAGGGAUGAUAGACCACAGAAUCCAAACAUGUUUAGGGAUGAUAGACCACAGAAUCCAAACAUGUUUAGGGAUGAUAGACCACAGAAUCCAAACAUGUUUAGGGAUGAUAGACCACAGAAUCCAAACAUGUUUAGGGAUGAUAGACCACAGAAUCCAAACAUGUUUAUGGAUGAUAGAUCACAGAAUCCAAACCUGUUUAGAGAUGAAAGACCACAGAAUCAGAUAACAAGUAAAAGUAAAAAUGUUCAGAAUCAAAGUAUUUUUCCCAAAGAAAGUGCACAAAGUCCACUUGUGUCAACUAGUGAAUGCUUGCAUGGAUCACAUGCGUUAUCCAGAGAAAGAUCGCAAAAUUCAAGCGUGUUGGCUAGACAAGGAGAGCAGAGGUCAUUAAUGUCAUCUCAGGAGAGGGGUCGUAUUUUGAGUAUGUCAGCUAAUGACACAUCUAAAGAUAAAAAUAUUAAUUUCAUUGGAAUGGUAGGUAGAUCUAAGAAAGAAAAUUGUAGACCCAAUCGUGUGCAUAGCAAAACUACAGAGCUAUAUGUGAAAUUUGCUGAAGCAAUAGAAGGAAAUAUAGAUAUAUUAGAGUAUAUUAAAAAUCGGUUGCCUCCAGGACUAGAGUUUACUAUGAUAAACAAAACCAUUGAGCAGGACACAAAGAACACCAUUGUAACGUUGCAGUGCAAGAGUAAGCGUUCAGCAGAACACUUAAAAGCAGAACUUGCAAAAGGAAACCAUUAUUCUCAAACAAAAAUUCUUUGCUUUGAUACCUUACAAGAAGUAAGAGGACUUGUAAUGAAAAAGCAACGUGAUAUUGAGAUAUCUUUUGAGCAAAACAUGCAGCAAAUUACAUGGAAAUCAGAGUCUGCUCUUGCAGAGCAUUAUGAUAAGUUAUCAGAUGUUAAGUCUCGCCUAGAAAAGAUACAGAGUGUAAAAUCCAAGUUUAUGUCUUUUGAACAAUUUAAAGCACAACGCAUUGAAGGAUGUGCCUUGGAGGAUAAGGCUAAAGAACUAGAACUACAAAGAGAGGAAUUUCUUAAGCAAGUAGAAUAUGCCGUACGUGAACUUACUAAAGCAAAGGAAUCUUUAAAUUUUGAGAAAAUUGCUAAAGAAACUAGACUCAAUUUAGCAAUUGAAUGUAAUAGACUUUCGAAUGCUUUUCCUAUUUAUGCAAGACGCUCAGAUAUUCUUGAAAUCGUCAAAAACAAUCAAGUAUCAGUUAUAAUUGGUGAAACAGGAUCAGGAAAGAGCACCCAAAUUGCACAAUAUUUUUUUCAAGGAGGCUUAGCCAGUAAUGGAAUAAUUGCGUGCACGCAACCUCGUAAGAUUGCUGCAACUAGCUUGGCCGUACAUGUUGCUAAAGAACUAGGAACAGCAGUUGGUCAGGUUGUUGGUUACAAAGUAGGAAUGCAGACAAAGAAAACAAAUUCAACAAAAAUUUUAUAUAUGACAGAUCACAUCCUACUGAAUGAGUGUUUACAAGAUCGAAAGCUUAGUGCAUUUUCCUGCAUCAUUAUAGAUGAAGCUCAUGAACGGAGCAUUUAUACUGAUCUGUUACUUGGAAUGAUCAAAGAAUGUCUGAAAGAUCGACCGGAUCUUCGUCUUGUAAUCACUUCAGCCACCAUUAAUCCAGAAGUCUUUGUUAGGUAUUUUGUAGAGUGCCCUGUUCUUUUUGUGUCAGGAAGAAUGUUCCCUGUGGAAGUAGAAUGGAAGGAACCAGUAGUGGGAGCUGAAUCCUUUGGUAAUUACCAAGAGGAAGCUGUUGUAAAGGCCAUUGAAGUUCAUGAGAAGGAGGAUGAAGGAGACAUAUUGGUCUUUUUGACAUCCCCAUUAGAAACUGAGAAGUGCUGUGAACGUUUUCGGGAUUUAAUGAAAGGUAAACCAUUAAAUUAUGUUACUCUUCAAUUACAUGGACGGUUACAAGGGGAUGAACAACAAAAGGUCUUUGACCCCGUAUCCGGAGGCAAGAGGAAAAUUGUCUUUGCCACAAAUUGUGCAGAAACUUCAGUCACUAUUCCUGGAAUUAAGUAUGUUAUAGAUACUGGCCUAGGGAAAGAAAUGAAGUUUGAUCCAGUUCGCAAGAUGAGUACCCUUGCGGUAAGCAUGGUGACACAGAGUUCAGCUAAACAAAGGCAGGGUCGUGCAGGACGACUAGGUCCUGGAAAAUGUUUUAGGCUGUAUACAGAAGAUGAUUUUAAAAAGAUGAAUGUUGAUUCACUUCCUGAAAUAAUGAAAGUUCAUAUUGGUCAUGCUAUGCUAAAACUAAUGGAACUGGGUGUGGAUCCCUUGAAAUUUGAUUAUAUCAUGUCCCCUUCCAUUCCUGCCAUGGAAGAAGCAUUUGCAUCACUAGUGCACAUAGGUGCAGUGUCAGAGGAAAAGAUAACUGAUCGAGGAAAGUGGAUUGCUAAAAUGCCGUUUGACCCAAAGUAUGGCGCUUUUGUUUAUGAAGCUGUUCAAGUUGGAGCUGGACUGGAAGCAGUUAUUAUAGCAGCAGCAAGUGGAACUAGCUCACUAUUUUACAGAGCGGGAAGUAACGAAGAAAAAGAAAAAGCAGACAGACAUAAAAUUAGGUUUUGUCAUGAAGGUGGUGAUCAACUUACUCUGUUAUCUGUGUUUAGAGAAUGGCACAAGGUACCAGAAAAAGAUAAGGGAAAAUGGUGUUUCAGUUAUUCCAUCAAUGGAAAGGCAAUAAAAAGUGUCCGUGAAACAACUAACGAAGUGUUGCAUACACUAAAGAAAGAAAUGAAAGUUGACCUUAAAUUUUCCUUUGGUAGACCAGAAAAAUUAGAUAAUUUGCUGGUGGGUCUUCUAUUUAAGGCUUUGAAUAGAAAUUUGAGUCAUUAUCUUGGACAUGCAAAGGCAGGGUACAGCAUUGUGUCCACAGACCAGAGGGUUGAGGUUCAUCCGUCUUCAGCUUUAGUAUCACUCGGGAGUCAGUCAGAGUGGAUUGUAUUUGAUCAGGUUAUGAGAACAUCCAGAGAUUUUGCAAUGCAAACUACACCAAUCCCUGAAUCCUUGGUGUUAAAAGGAAUAGAAGAGGGUUGGCUUCAUUUGCAGAUUGAAGAAGCCAAGAAAAAGCGUAUCACUGUAGCAUGCCAAGAAUAUGUUGGCCCCCAGAUGUUCAGGGAGUUUGUUGGCCCUCGCUAUGUUAACAUGAGGAACCUUGAAACAACACUCUCAGAAAAAUUUCCAAACUCGUUUGUUGUAGUUGAAGCUGAUUGGGAUAAGGGCGAGUUGAAAGUAUUAUCAAAUGAGAAAAAUAAGGAAUGUCUUGCUGAUAGUCUGUCUCAGGUUCUUGCUCCUCACAGAGCAAAUUUUCAAUUGGAAGAAAGCGAAGAGCGUAUUGGUUCCAUGUCAAUGGAUAUAUCUGUAAGGACUGUCAUUGGAGCUGGAGGUAGUAUUGUUAAUGUUUUCAUGCCAGAAGAGUUUAAAAUAGUAAAAAUAUUCUGUUCUUUAGAAACCAUAGAUGAUCUGUCAAAGGAAGAUGUAUUAAUAAAAUUUGGUCAGUAUGGAGAGAUAAAAGAAUGUAAAAAAUAUUACCGAAAGCAAAAAUCCUCAACUAUUUGGGGACAAAUCACUUUUGGGAAAACUGAAUCUGCUGUCGAGGCUGUCAAUGGGACAAAGGAUGAACCUGAAUUGUGUGCACGUCCAAAUGUACGUCUCCCAGCACAUGGAAUUUGUGGGUUAAGGACAAAGAUUCAGUGGUGUAGACGGCGUUCUAGAGGGUUUGGGUUUGUAGAGUUUGCCAAUGUUGAAGAUUUCAUGGCAGCCUGUAGACUACGUGUGUUGAGUGUUGGAGGUUCUACAGCAAUGCUAAAUGUUGCUAAGAAGUCUCCUCAGAGUAUACAUGUUACAAAAUUUAACCAUUUAGUGACAGAAGAUGUUUUACGUCAAGCAUUUGCUGACGCUCUGAAUAUUGAUCCUGUUAAAAGCAUAGUGAGAGUUAAUGUGAUUAGAGAAAAUGUGGGCCUGGAUAAAGAAAGGUUUAGUAUCGCCAAGAGGACCCUUCUUCGAAAAAUUGAAGAAUUUGCGCAGCCUGGUACAUUUAGCUUAGAGGUAAGAGAGCCACGAUCAGAAAAGGAUAUUAACUUCAUAGCAUUUUGUAUGUUUAACAAUUUAGAUGUGGGAUAUACUGCAUGUGAUGAGAUGAAUAAGGAAUUUUAUAUAUGCAAUGAAAGAGUUUCAGUGAAGGUUGAUAUUCACAGUUCUUUAUUCAUUCGUAAGGAUAUAUUUAAGAUAAGUGGGGAUGCAGUAAAGGAAGAAAUUAAAGAUAUUGAGAAUGAAAGUAAAGAAGUAAAAAUAAAAGUGAAAUAUUUGAAGAGUGAGAAUGUGUCUGUGGAAUUCCACACUGAGAGUAUUAAUGCCCUUGCUCAAGCUAGAAAACGUAUUCAGGUGAUCAUCAGGGGGGAUAUUAUUGACUGUGAGAACAAUGAUCAAGUUAGAUUACUGUUUACACGAGAGGGUAGGAAAAGGCUUCAAACUAUCAUGAAUGACACAGGAGCUCUCAUAGUAACUGAUGAUAGGGUAAUGGCACUUUCCAUCCAUGGGUCAUUAAGAAGCAGAAUGAAUGCAAAGGCUGAUGUUGAUGAAUAUCUACAGCAACUCUCUCAAGGUACUAUAAAAUAUAUUGAUUUAAAAGGCACUGGGAAGCCUCCAGGAGUCAUGAAAGCACUUAUGCUUAAAUAUGGAACAGAUUUAUAUGGUAUGCAGACAACAGCAAAGCUAACGACUGUUAAUCUAGACCUUAGGAACCAUCGAGUAAGACUAAUGGGAUCAGAUAAGGCCAUUAAUGAGGCAGUUGAUAUAGUGGACGCAGUUAUGACAAGUCUGACAGGUAGUGGAGUGAUUACCUCAAGUGACGAUGACCCUGACUGUGUAACUUGCUUCUGUCCAGUUGAAAGUAAGGACCUCUUCAGGCUGGAAUGUUGUGGUCAUGCUUAUUGCAAGGAAUGCAUCAAACUCCAAGUAGAUACAGCCAUCACCAGCAAAGACUUCCCUAUAGUGUGUGGAAAUGAGGGAUGCUCGUCAAAGUUUGUGUGGAGAGACUUUGUAAAUCUCUCACGUCAGGGACACAUUACAUUAGCUAAGCUUGUGAAUGCCUCUCUUAAUUCAUAUGUGGCUCAGCACAAAAAUGAUUUCCACUAUUGCACUACUCCAGAUUGUCCCAUUGUGUAUAGGAUACGAGAAGGUGGAGUCCCAUUCUUUUGCCCGGAAUGUAAUGUCAAAGUUUGCUCAAGUUGUCAUGUUAAUUAUCAUGAUGGCCUCACUUGUAUCAUGUACAAGAAGGUGAAUGAAGGUGAUAGUUUGGGUGCAUGGUUGAUGAAGGAUAUUAAUAACAGAAAAAUUUGUCCAAACUGCUCUACACCCAUUGAGAAGAUUUAUGGGUGUAACAAAAUGUUAUGUUUAGGAUGUAAGAAAUUCUUAUGCUGGACCUGUUUGGCAGUCUUUAACACACAAAAUGAGUGUUAUACUCACCUUGAGGAAGUGCAUGGUGGAUACAUGUAAUCUAUACAAGUUCGUAUUACUAGGAUAGUGAUGGAAAUUUUAAAGACAAUGUUUAGGGUGUAUCAUAUUACUGUACAUUGGUAAUUCUUUUGGUAAAAGUACAUCUAAAAUGAUAUCUGAUGAAGUACUGACUUGGUAUAACGGCUAAAAUAUUUCUAUAUUUCACACAUUUCACUUGGUAGAAUGAUCACACCAGUGCCCUUAGAAAAGGGUAAGGAGGGUCAUCAUGUUAGAAUGUGCCAGGACAGUGAACAAGUAAUUAUUAGGUGUACAACCCACCUGGGAUCACCCCAGUUGAAUCUUCAUUUGUUUGUGUAAUGAAAUGAAGAAAUAGUAGGCUAUCAUGACUGCAGAUAUUCCUCACCCCAUCUCUUGUAAUACAUAAUAUUGAUUUGUAGAGAAUGGUAUACAUGGUAAUGUUGCAUUGUUGGUGUGUAUAAAAACCCCUAACUUCUAAGCUCAGCUUACUUUAAGUAUUAUGUACAAGAAGGGGAAUUCAGAUUAUGGUAGUUUAUGUAUAUACAGUACCAAAUUGUUGUAUUCAGUAUGUUCUGGGACAUUUAAUAUCUGCAUAAAACUUUACUAUACUAAUUAAAAUAGAAAGUGUGAAAUACUGCGUUUCUUCAUAUAUCAUGUUUCUGUGAUUUUAAAACUAGUGGGUAUAGUAUUUAUUUUUUUAAAAUUUCUAAUAUAGUUUUCAUAUAUGCAUGCUGCUGUGCAGGAUGUACUGUAGACACACCAUAAUGUAAUGCAUGUAAGGAUAUCUCGACUUUUAUGUCAUUUUAAUUACCUUGGAGUAGUUACAGGACGAGAGCUGCUCACUGUGUGAAGAAUGGCUUUACAAGUCAAUAUAAUUACUGAGUAACAAGUAAGGUUGACAGUGUAUAGUGACCCAGUGACUUCAUGUAUGUCUUGACAAGGUUUACUUAAAACUGAUGCAAGAUUUAUUGGAAGCCCAUAUUAAUACUGAUUCAAAGGUUUUAGAAUUGUAUUUUUUUAACACUAUUAGAGGGCAUGUAUGCUGUGAUAAGCACGAUAACUCAUGUAAUGAAUAUGUAGUAUUGUUAAAUUAUUAUAUAUAUAAAUGCCACACAAUUUAUGUUCACUGAGAGAAGCAUUAUAAGGAUUGAAGCUAGGCUGUUGAAGAGAGAACAUUGAAAGUAAGUAUAACUAGUUCAUUUUUUUUUUUUUUUUUUUUUUUUUUUUUUGUAAAUUAGAAUUGUACACAUGAACUAACAUAAGUUGAGUGUCUUUUUAUAUAUAUAUAUAUAUAUAUAUAUAUAUAUAUUGAUACUACUGGUAAAUCAACCAAUUUAUAAAUUCUUCUCUGGUUGCUGUUCCAGUUGAAUUUAUUCAACAUACAUCAAUACAGGUAUUAAAGAAAAUAUUGGUUAAUGCCUGAAGUGUAUUUCAUGGGCGAAUUGUUACAUAGCCUAUUCGAAGCAUCAAUAAAUUGUAUAAUUUUGAACAUAAAA